AUGGAGUCGUUAGAGGCGCAAGAAGCUAUCGAUGCAAUGAAAAAUCGGGGCCUCUUGUACACUGCAGACUUAUCUCCCCUUCUGCGGAAAGGCCUUGCUGCUGCACCACACGUGCUGCAACGACUGUUGCAGCAGGCGGCGGCGCAACAAUUGCAAGCUCGCGUGCUGCUGUUGCAUGGCCCACCCGAAACCACAGAGGUAGCAGCUGAAGCAGCAAAGGAGGUUUUGCCGGGUACAGUUGUUGCGGAUGCGGAAGCUCUUCUGUCUUUGGAGCAGCAGCAGGAGCAGCGGUACCAACAGCAACACCUAGGCAGCAGCUGCUGCUACUGUGGAGUUCCGAACGCAAAUUGCGAGUGCCUCGACAACGUCAGUGUCUUUCACGGUGAUGGCGUUGCCACCAGCAGCAGCAGCUGUUCAAGCAAGAGCAAAGGGAUUUUUUUCCUCGCACAGCACGCUGCUUCCGUUUCGCAACAACAGAAACAAGGGCUCCUGCUCUCCAGAGCAAUAAACAAGCUCGCAUGGCUACGCACCGCACCUCUGGUGGCCCUCCGCCUCCCACCGUCACUUUUAAGCCUAAACGGAGCUCGAACGCUGGACUCCAACUGCUCUGUAGCAGCCUUGCUGCAUCUGUUGCCCGUCACAGCGACGGAGCAUGUAGAAGAAGAAGGGAACCUUCCUAUCGAGGACCAAGAGCCACCCAGUGCCGCUCUUUUGCAUUUCGCCACUGAGGGCAAAGCCAAACGCAUUCUGGUGGUCACAGGAAAUGAUCCACUGAUGCUACGCGAAGAGCUGUCGAGUGUUCUGCGCCCUGAAGUCGCCGCUGUUGUGUCCCCCAAAGGCCUUGCAACCCCUAUUUUCGGUCAGACAAUAGCUAAACUGCUGGGCCUUAGGCUCAUACCAGACUUCGAUCAGCACGUUAAGCAGCAGCAGCAGCAACAGCAGCCGCUACAUCAGGGAUCAACAACAGGAGCCACACCACACGCAGUUGCUGCGGGUGGAGCGGUGACAGGAUUAGCUAAGGCAAUUCAGCAAGCCAAAGGCAACCUAAGGGCCCCGACGGUCAUUGCUGAGGCCAUCAGGGUCCUCAGGAGGCCUCAGGGCAAAGCCGUGAGCAAUGGAGUUUUGCUGCUCGACGUUCUCGACAGCGUUGAACUGGUAUGCAGCAAAAGCAAUAAAAUUGCUGAAGUGUACAAAGACCGAUGUGUGCGCAUAAACUUGAGUGCUGCUGCUGCUGCUGCCGCCCUCGAACCUUCCCUAGAGAGCAGCGGCGAAGGGGACGAUGAAGACUCAAGCGUUGCAGCAGCAGCAGCAGCAAAGGCAGCAGCAAAUGCAGCAUCCGAAGCAGUAAAAGAGAUUUCUGCUGCCCUCAUGAAGCCCCCCGCAAUACUGCUUACAGAUGGCUUUUUACAGCAAGAAGCAGCAACAGCAGUCCGUCAGGCUCUCGCGCUUAGCCUCAGCUGCAAGCUUCAUGUCCUUGACAACGAAGUCCUAGGUAAAGAGAAGCACUGUGUUCAAGUCCUUGAAGCCCAAACCUUAAGCACAUCGUGA